GCUGAGAGCUGAGCCUGCUGCUGCUGUUGCUGCUGCUGCUGUUGCUGCUGAGGGUGCAGGCAAGGCUUGAAGCGGUGGGGAGGUGGGUCUCCGCGCUUCGGCGCCGGGGCAGGCCCAGGGCUAUUCCGAGGCCUCUAGAAUAGCUAGCUCCUGGGAAGAAGGUGGCGGCUGCAAUCGCGACCUUGGCCAGACCUAGUUCGGUGGUGGACGUAGGGCGGAGGCGGAGGCCGAGCCCGGGCAGGAGUCUUUGGCGAGCCAGAGGGAGGCGCAUCUGGAGCUUCGGUACCAGCGGCAGCCCGGAGUCUUGUGCAGCUGGAGAAGCGCAGCAGGACCUGGUGAGAGCCAGCAGGUCUGGAGGGCGAACCUGUGGGUCCGGAGCCCAGUUUUAGGCACCAUCGAGAGCUAAGCCACGCGUCUUUUCGGGCAGCCAGUUUCACGCGCGCGACAGUUUGCGGGUUCCAGGCAUCUCAGAAAUCCUGAGCACGGAGGCGCGGCUAUUGAGAGCCAGAGCCACAUAUCAGACCUAGCCUGGCAGAGAGACCAGCUGCAGGGUUCACCGACCUAACCGCCAGGUCAGAGCACGGGCCCCACCCUAAAGGAGGGCACAGCCGAAGCUGGGAAGCGGGUGCCACUCUCCGGAGCUCGUGUCGUGGGCGCCGUCCUAGUGGCGGGGAGCGCACCGCCGAGGUGACAUGAGAUCGGAGAAAUCCCUGACGCUGGCGGCGCCGGGGGAGGUCCGUGGGUCGGAGGGGGAGCAACAGGAUGCGGGUGAGUUCCAGGAGGCCGAGGGCGGCGGCGGCUGCUGUAGUAGUGAGAGGCUGGUGAUCAACAUCUCUGGGCUGCGCUUCGAGACGCAGCUGCGCACCCUGUCGCUGUUCCCUGACACGCUGCUAGGAGACCCUGGCCGCAGAGUCCGCUUCUUUGACCCCUUGAGGAACGAGUACUUCUUUGACCGCAACCGACCCAGCUUCGACGCUAUCCUAUAUUACUAUCAAUCUGGGGGUCGCCUGCGCAGGCCGGUUAAUGUGCCCCUGGACAUUUUUAUGGAAGAGAUCCGCUUCUAUCAGUUGGGAGAGGAAGCCCUGGCGGCCUUCCGGGAGGAUGAGGGUUGCCUGCCCGAAGGUGGCGAGGAUGAGAAACCACUCCCCUCCCAGCCUUUCCAGCGACAGGUCUGGCUUCUCUUUGAGUACCCGGAGAGUUCCGGGCCUGCCCGAGGUAUCGCCAUCGUCUCAGUAUUGGUCAUCCUCAUCUCCAUCGUCAUUUUUUGCCUGGAGACCUUGCCUCAGUUCCGUGCAGAUGGGCGAGGUGGAAGCAACGAGGGUAGUGGGACUCGCAUGUCCCCGGCCUCCAGGAGCCACGAGGAAGAAGAUGAGGAUGAAGAUUCCUAUGCAUUUCCUGGUAGCAUUCCCUCUGGGGGGUUGGGGACUGGAGGAACAUCUUCAUUUAGUACUCUCGGGGGUUCUUUCUUCACAGACCCCUUCUUCCUGGUGGAAACUCUGUGUAUCGUCUGGUUCACGUUUGAGCUCUUGGUGCGCUUCUCUGCCUGUCCCAGCAAGGCGGCCUUCUUUCGCAAUAUCAUGAACAUCAUUGACUUGGUGGCCAUUUUCCCUUACUUUAUCACCUUGGGCACUGAGCUAGUGCAACGUCACGAGCAGCAGCCUGUGAGUGGUGGCAGUGGUCAGAAUGGGCAGCAGGCCAUGUCCCUAGCCAUCCUCAGGGUGAUCCGCCUGGUCCGGGUGUUCCGAAUCUUCAAGCUGUCCCGCCACUCCAAGGGGCUGCAGAUCCUGGGUAAGACCUUACAGGCGUCCAUGCGGGAGCUCGGACUGCUCAUCUUCUUCCUCUUCAUCGGAGUCAUCCUCUUCUCCAGCGCUGUCUACUUCGCAGAGGCUGAUGAUGUUGACUCGCUCUUCCCUAGCAUCCCAGACGCCUUCUGGUGGGCUGUGGUUACAAUGACCACAGUAGGUUAUGGGGACAUGUACCCCAUGACGGUAGGGGGCAAGAUUGUGGGCUCACUGUGCGCCAUUGCUGGGGUCCUCACCAUUGCAUUACCGGUACCGGUCAUUGUCUCCAAUUUCAACUACUUUUACCACCGAGAGACGGAGCAGGAGGAGCAAGGCCAGUAUACCCACGUCACUUGUGGGCAGCCCACACCGGACUUGAAGGCAACGGAUAAUGGGCUUGGCAAACCUGACUUUGCCGAGGCUUCACGGGAACGGCGGCCCAGCUACCUUCCGACUCCACAUCGAGCUUAUGCGGAGAAAAGGAUGCUCACCGAGGUUUGAUGGAUGCGGGCAGGCCUGCAGGAAAACAGGAGCUCUGAGCAAGUCAUCUCUCAGGCUUCCUUCUCAUGCUCACUACUUCCGCCUUAGCUCCAGAGGACCUCGAACCCUCCCUCCCCCCUUACACAGUACAUGGCAUCCUGGACCAAAUAUCUGGACUGUAGACUGUUGCUCGAUCCUCACAGCAUUCGAGGUUUCUCCAUCUUAGUGACAUUUUUGGAAAUUUCAACGGUGCCACCCAAUCAUGCCCAUCAGUCACGUGGAUGAGAUGCACAUUUCUGACUGAUCUUCCCUCAAGACUGAGUUUUCAUGCCUGGGUCUUGUAAUAUCUCUCAGAAUGGUGACACCAAUAGAAUAGGAAGCAGCUACACUCAGGUCCCUUCUUUAGUGUCCUUUGCUUUGGGUCAUGCACCUUCCUUCCUUAGCUUCUGGUCACUUGGUCCCUGGCAGAAUCUGGAGACUGGAAAAGAUUUCAGCUUGGCAUUUUGGUGCCCUAGCCAUCUUCUGACUGGUAGAGUUACUAGCUGCUCGGCUUUGAAAGAUAUGGCUAAAUUUGGAUGGAAUUAGAGAAAAUACUACCCAACUGGAUUAUUCGAAGGACAUGAGGGUCAGUUUUAGGCCAAUGGAGGCCAGUGGAUUUCUCUAUCUGUCACAGGAGAUGCUGGCAGGGGUCUACAUUAGUCCUCACCACUCUGAUUCCAUGACUUCUUUGAGCUUCCAGGAAGAAACUUGGCACUUUCUCAGAGCCAAGUGCUUUUUAUGUGCGAGCGCCUUCGUGUGCAGAGGAACUGGAAAAUAGAACCACGGAGACAGGAGAAAAGGCUGACCAGAGCCAAAGGACUGGCUGGACCACAUAUCUACAGCGAGUCACUUAGCAGAGACUGUCACUUAGAAUAGGCAGAGGAACGCUGCGGCAGACAGCAGUUGCUCUGGAUUAGCCUAGACCUCUCUAAGAUAUCCUUCACCCUUCUUCCUGGGAAUCUGACCUAGGAUUGCAGAUGGAUUUGUUUUUAUAAAGCAACCUCAGCUGUAAACCUACAGCCAGGCAUUGGCAGGACUAAAAUAAGGACUCAGGACCUUUGACAACGUGGAGGGAGUCGCUUCCCAACCCUUCCUGCCUGGACCUUUCUUUCCGGUUCCCUGUAUGGUCUCGGAUGCUGCCACAUCUUACACUGAGUCUUCAGAAACUUGAAUGCUAAAAAAAACUGCCCAAUUCAGCCAACAGCGAGAUUAAGGUUUUCAAAAGAAGACUUCAGAGAGGGGUACAAAAUGUCCCCUCCAUUGCAGCCAGACUGGGCCUUGAGGAUAAGGAUGACACUUGUCUGGGAUGUCAUGGUAUUCUCAUCUCAGACUCUUCCCAGCCCUAAGAGAGAUCAAAAAGGAUAUGAAACUCCUCUCUCCCAGGGAGCAACAUUGCUCUUGGCAAAAUCACAGAAGUGACUCUUCAGAUGUCAGACAGAAACUGAGAGGCUGUGACUCAAUCAAGUUUUUGUGGAGAAUUUUGUCCAGUGAGCUCUCCCUGCUCCUGAGCCUCCGUGUAGACGACGUAACCUUGUCAUCAAGAGAACGUGCACCACCGUGUGCUGCCUCAGCAGCUGGAAUAGGAUCACAGCUGCUCGAGAAGGUGGGGUUCAAGCCAUCUCGAUGACUGAUGUAAGCCAGUGGGGGCUCCCAGAGGAUUCCCUGGGACUGUCACUUGGGAUGAGGACACCCCUCCUGCCUAGCAUCCCAGAGGAGCAAGGGACAGCUGGCCUUUCUUGCCUCUGAGGGUUGUGCUGCACGAGGCCAGACUGGAAAACCUAUGCAUCCAAAGAGUACCCGGAUCUCGAACUUCUUUGGAGGAUGAGAGCCCCGCCUCCCCGCUGAAUAACUCAGCCUGACAGCCCUGGGUGGCCUUCCACAAGCAGUGACUGAGACGAAGGAAAAGGAAAAGGCUGAGAUGGGGGAGUUCCUUGCCAGUGAACGAUGGGAUUCUGAGUGUUGGGGUGGGGACAGAGGAGGAGAGGGAAAUUUGCUGGUCUGAUCGAAGGAGAAAAGGUGUUAGGAUGAUCUGGGAUCGGAAGAAUUCCUGAGUGUGCUGCAGAGUCACCCAGGCAGUCGCUGGCUGGGGAAGAGUAACUAAUAAAUA